AUAGCAUUUUUCUUCUUUUUUUCUUCUUGUGUAUAUUUCUGCUUCUCCCACUAAAUUCCCUAUCUGAGAUUUCAACCUUGUUAAUUUAAUUGAAAAUUCGACCCAAAUUAACAAGUCAAAUUAAUNUGCANAAUUCGAAGGNUCCAAGAUAUGAUUGAAAAUAACUGUAAUCACCCACUACUCCCAUUUCUCGUCCAACUCACUNAAAACCAACUUCNCCACUCUCUCGAUCUACAUCUAUAUAUAAGAAACCCUUUUUUCCACAUUUCCUACUACACCAAAGUGUGCUAUUUCUACCACAAACUUCUGCAUUCACUCUCCUCUUGCCUCAUACUUUCAAUGGCUUCUUCUUCUUCCACUUCCCUAUUAGUGCUUCUCUUUGCNAUUUUUUCCACUCUUACAUGUUGCUCUGUGGCUUCCAAUGAAUUCCAAGUUGGUGACUCAAAUGGGUGGGUUGUUCCUCCCCAAAAUGACACCAACUUCUACAAUGAAUGGGCUUCCCACAACAGGUUCCACGCUGGUGACACCCUCUGGUUUAAGUACAAGAAGGAUUCAGUGAUGGAGGUGGAUGAGGGGGAUUACACACACUGCAAUGCCACACACCCCAAACUCUUCUCUAACAGUGGCAACACCAAGUUGAAGCUNGGCCACCCAGGGACCUUCUACUUCAUGAGCGGUGCUUCAGGGCACUGUGAGGUGGGACAGAAGAUGAUUGUGAGGGUCAUGGUGGAUGAGUCUCUUCCUCAACAUGCCAAGUCUUCUGGUUACCAUAUUGCAAUUUCUCCAACUGGGCUGUCUCAAGUGCUCUUCUUUCAGUUUCUUUUGGCAUCUUUCUUAGGUAGUUUAAGUAAUUAGGAAAAUUCAAUAGCUAUGUUUGGUAUGGAAUGUGUAAUGUGUUCUUGUUCAUAUGCUUUUAUAUAGUUAAGGUUUUGCAUUGAUUUCAAAAACUGUUUGUAAAUGAUACAAUUUCUUGCUAUUG